AUGAAAUAUAUCUCGACAGCUCAUGCCCAGAAGAUAUUCACAGUUCCACCAUUACAAUGGCUCAAUAUCACCGGUAGCUUACUGGGUGCAACACCAGCUGCCGUCAAAUAUCCGUCCAUUGGUUACGAUCCAUCGUCAAGUAACCUUAUCAUUUUCGGCGGUGAAUCAUCUAGUGGUAUCCCAACAGACCAAACCUACCUUUUGAACCUUGGCUCACUUGAAUGGAGUACUCCUCAGCCUGAGGUGGGUCUACCACAAGGUUCACCCCCAGCCAGGUACAUGGCUGUCAGCGGUGAAGACUUCUCCUCCAGUUAUCGGCAUGCUCACUUGGUGAUGGGUGGAAAGGGGAUUUCUGGACAAAUUUUGUCCGACGUAUGGGAAUUUGAUUUUAUAAACGGAUUCUGGUCCGAAGUCACUGUAACGACAAGUGGUCCACCGCCACGUUGGGGCGCCUCUGGUGGCCGAGAUGAUACAGUAGCGCCUAAUGCUACCACAACAAGCAACACGUUUUACAUGUCUGGUGGCACCGAUGGUACAAACAUGUUUCCCCUAUCGGAUGUUUGGGAUCUCACCAUCUCCGGAACGUUAUCAUCUAAUUUGGCGACUAAUAACACAUAUGGUGCUUGGAGUAACCAAUCCGUUGGCAGCAGUGGAGGCUACAGCGUCAAUCAGGCUUCCACAGUCGUUCAGACCCAGCUCAUCUCUGUGAGCGGCUGUAACACGACCGAUAACUCGAAUGAAUCAUGCGCCGAGGGUAACUCGUAUGUCCUGGGAGUAGGAUCAGACACGUCAAUCACUCCUCCCUCGUGUCCUGUUCCACGAUACGGAGGUUCGCUGGCUCCGAACCUGAAUCCUUCCUCUUCCAGUUAUGGGAACCAGGUGUUCCUUCUACUUGGGACUUUCAACUCCUCAUUGUGGGACGACCAAGGUGGGCUGCAGAAGGGCGAGGUUGCAGUUCUGGAUAUUGGAUCAGGCGUUUGGAGCAGAGUCCUUCCGGCCGGUGAUCCAGGCCAAGAUGGCGUUCAGACAUAUCCCACACCUCGGGAGGGCGCUGUUGCCCUUUCUUAUUCUCAGGCUCUCGUCGGUUCGGAUAAAAGCGUGGCUUCUGAUACCAUUGUCUUCGGAGGUCAGGAUGAAUCCGGUGAAUACCUCACGGAAGUUUGGAUCUUGAGAGCGUACAAUGGAUCCAUUUCAACCUCAGGCGGUGACUGGGGAGCUCCGUCUGGUAAUCUUCAAACAGGCAUCAAUGCCAAUGGUGCUAACGUUACCGUCCAAUUCCUGACUCAAUGUGCGGUGCAGCUCAUGUCUUCUAGUUCUACUACGCCGUCUGGUUCCCCAGCUACAACAAGUGGUUCUCAGUCAUACCAGCAGUCGUAUAAUGUCUCUUUGGUGCACAGACUACUGGCACCCCUUUCUCUUGCCAUUCUUCUCCCAUCCCUCCUUCUUUUACGUUUGGCUCUGCCUCCAGCAAAAACACAUCGUCCCACGGAUCGUAAUCUUGCUCUCUUCUAUUUAUCAGCUACUGUAGCUCUUGCAGCAUACGCUGCUGGUGUUGGCGGUCUCGUCUCGGCGUUCACGUCAAUGAGCUCCACAGGGACUAUAGAGAAACGUGCUACGUCCCGUACAGUUCUACCAACUGGGCAUGGAGUCGCAGGACUUGCAUUAUUCAUCGCACUCUAUGUGAUGAUGCCCCUUUUAUAUCUCUUUCAUCUGUGUUGCUCGCCAUCGCAGCCACCGAAAGGGGUCAGUCCAGAGGCAAUCACUUCUCGCGCCAACUCCACCGACACUGCUGAGAAGCUCGCAGCAUACACUACCACGCAGCACUCACAGUAUCCCCCUUCCCAACAUACUCCUCGCACCCGUUUACAUUCCUGGGGUGGUUCAAGCUUCUUGCUGGGCCGCAGGAGUCGGGAAGGAAGAACCUCUACUGACAGCGAGUCUGUGCACUCAUCUGGGCCGCAACGAGCAUUUGAGGUCGUCAAUCGCCCAGCACGUAUUCGUAGAUCCAGCGCAAAUGGGCUUGCAUACCCAAAUGUAGAUGCAUAUCAACGCGUACCUGUUGCACCAAGGAGUUUGGGUGACGUAGACUGGCUUGAUCGACGUCGCAGUCUGAACGCAGUGAACGAACUCGAUCUUGUUUCUGGCCAAGGUCAACGCAACCUCCUCAAUAGCUCUACUCCCAACACAGCAGAGAUGUUGAGCACCCGUGCUCUCAUGCCUACACCAACAUUCCCCCACGUUACUCACGAGCUGCCUUCGUUGUUUGAGAUAUGCCUUCGUGUCCUCUUCCAUACUCUCGUUUUAGCUCUUUGCAUUCUUUCCCUCAUCGCGCUGUGGAAUUGGGCUCAUCUAGCACUCUUUGCAAUAUUUCUUCUAUGGACUUUUAUCUUUUAUAUUUGCCUUUUUACUCUCGCAUGGCAUGGUCGACCAAGGAGGUCCACACUUACUUACCUCAUCGCCCGGUUUCGCGCGGAGCCUCCGCCGACUGUUUCUCCCGGGACCCCGACCUCCCGUCCGUUGUCAAUGGUAGGCAACGAACAAUAUCCUUUCCCCACCGAUACUCGUGGCCCAUACCUCCAUGAACCUCCUUAUCGCGCUGCCAGGGCCCAUGAUGAUGUGUCCACAACUAUCGGUGGGCCUCGCUCAGUCGAAACAGAUUACGAUGAGGAGGAUGUAGAUGAAGAGACCAGACAGCGGCGGAUAGAAGAAGAGAUGGGUAGACGAGAGGUGUCUAUCGUCACAGUCCCCAAGCGCAGGCUAUGGAUAACGAACCCCUCAUGA